GGUGUUGUAGGGAGGGAACAUCUGUCGAUGGUGUCAGAUACGACGUGGGGGUCUGGGGGGCCGGAGGAAUUGGCGAUGGUUGGUGAUGCUUGUGUUGACGGCGUUGCUGCUGCUGCUGCUGCUGCUGCUGCUGCUGGCGAUGAAGCGGAUCUAUACACACUCAUGAGACAGAAUGGGAGACCGCUCGGAGAGUAUCUGUCUGCUGCGGAGCAGAUCAGGGCCCGGUUUCUGCUACGAAUGCCGGAGGGGGAAGUUAUCCGGGCUUUUGUACGGGGCUUUGAUGAUCUGGGGGUGCAGGUUCAGGUCGAGAGGGAUAUGAGUCUGGGGGGCGGGUCCUCGUGGGAUGAGGUGAGGGGUGUGGUGGAGCAGGUCAUCCGGAGAAUCACCGGUGGUGAUGAUGGCGAGGGAGAGAAGACGGCGAACGAAAGACUAGCUCAUGGCGUUGACCAGACGACUGUCAAUGUCCGCAAGCCGCGAAGGCCAAGGAGAUCCAUACCCAUUGUUCCGGCGGAUGAAGAGGACUCUGAGUUCAUGGCGGCGAUGAUGCGUCCGCAUUGA